CGUACUGUCAGUCUCCACCAAAACAAAAGAGAAGAAGAAGCUGCAUCGUCUCCAGUCCAGCGGCUCCAAGAUGUCAGCGUACGACGCGGCCCAGAGGAGUUCCCUCAAACUCAAAGGCCUGGGAACAGUGUCCGCCGGGAAGAAGAAGAAAAAGAAGGACAAAGAGAGAAAGCAUCGUCUGGAGCAACAAGUGAUGACCAGUCAAAACGAUGAGGAGGAGACAACCAAGAAAGGCUACACUGACAAAAGGACCCCGGCGCAAAUGGCUUUUGACAAGAUGCAGGAGAAGAGGCAAAUGGAGAGGAUUUUGAACAAAGCAUCGAAGACACACAAACGCAGAGUUGAAGACUUCAAUCGGCACCUGGACACCCUUACAGAGCAUUAUGAUAUUCCCAAGGUCAGCUGGACCAAAUGAAGAGGAGGAACAGAUGUUCACUAUUGUUUUAUUUUAUGUUUACUAUUUCAUUAAAACCUGUCAUGUUUUUUGAAACGAAUCUUUGCCAUUUGAUAGUUUAAAGUUAUUGUUCAGUUUGUGAUGUAAAUGUAAUCAAGGAUCUGAUUAAAUGCAUGUCUUUUACUUCUCUUA